AUGGGAUGUCGUGAGGAGAACAAGGUUGCCUAUGCCACCUAUUUGCUGUGUGGGGAGGUUGAGGACUGGUGGAGGUUUGUCGGUCAGACCUCGCCACAAGAAAAUGGCUAUAUCCAAUGGGAAACAUUCAAGACCAUUUUCCUAGGGAACUACUUUCCCCGAGAUAUGAGGAAGCAGAAAACUAGGGAGUUCCUUAAGCUGAAGCAAGAAAACAUGACUAUGGGAGAAUACACGGCUAAGUUCCAAGAACUGAUGAAGUACUGGCCUCAUUAUCAGCAUGGUGAUGGAGAGGAAGAUCUAUGUGCUCAGUUUGAGCAUGGAUUGAGGCCAGACAUUCGAGCUGCAGUCAGUGUGUUUCAACUGACGGACUUGCCCACCCUGGUGGGCAAAAGCAGAAUCUUUGAAGCCAACUCAAGGGGGAAGACAGUGGACACUAGGGGAACUAGUCCGGUGAGGCAAGAUAGAAGACCCCUUAGGUUCUCAAGGGGACUGUACUCUGGUUCAAACAACUCUCAGUCUCGAGGGAUUUCUUCUCAAGAGAGGAGUAGUGGGAGUGGCUUUGGAACGAGUUCUUUUAGGGGACCGCUUAAAUGCUUCAGGUGUGGAGGGCCACACAUGGUGAAGGACUGCCCAUAG